UUUCUCAGGAGCAGCGGGAUACGUCUCUGCGCACGGGUGUAUGGAGUAGCCUCCAUGCUUGCUUUCAGACCAUUUUUCUUCCGUUACUUCAACGCGUGUUUGUCUUCAUCUGUAUAAGUCAGACAGGGGGGCUUUUGUUGUUGCGGAGCGCAUCUCGGGCUUGGAACUGAACUGGAACAAUCUCUCUGCAAAGUGCAAACACUUUUCCCCGUGGGACCUAACGUGUGUCUUUUGAAAUGUUCAUCGGACGGAGGUCGUGUUGGAGGCAGUUGCAGGCGUCCUUUUUCAGGCUACUUUGUCUUAUUCCCACAGGAUUCCCCGUCCGGAGUGUGGAUAUGCAACGCCCGACCGACAACGUUACCGUGCGUCAGGGUGAUACAGCUGUAAUCAGGUGUUACGUGGAUGACAAAGUGUCCAAAGUGGCCUGGCUCAACCGCUCCAACAUCAUCUUCGCGGGCCAGGACAAGUGGUCCCUGGACCCGCGCGUGGAGCUGGUGACCAAGGGACAGCUGGAGUACAGCCUGCGCAUCCAGAAGGUGGACGUGUACGACGAGGGCCAGUACACAUGCUCCAUCCAGACCAAGGCGCGCGCCCGCACCUCUCAGGUGUUCCUCAUCGUGCAAGUCCCUGCAAACAUCUACAAAGUGUCGGAGGACAUCACUAUAAACGAGGGCAGCAACGUGACGCUGACCUGUCUUGCCAGCGGUCGACCUGAUCCCAUGAUUACCUGGCGUCUCCUCAACCCAUCAGCGGAGCCAUUGGAUGGCGAGGAGUAUCUGGAUAUAUCAGGGGUAACAAGAACCCAAGCUGGACGAUACGAAUGCAAAGCCAGCAAUGAUGUAGCCUCACCAGAUGUCAAAUAUGUCAACGUGGUUGUCAAUUAUCCUCCCUUCAUCAAAGAUGCCAAGAGCUCGGACCCUCAAGUGGGCCGCAUGGGCGUCCUCCAGUGUGAGGCCUCCGCAGUCCCCAAGCCCGAGUUUGAGUGGUACAGAGACGACAAGAGGUUAUCUAACGGCCAAGGCCUCAGCAUCCAGAUGAUGGGGACCCGUACCCUCCUGUUGGUAUCCAACGUCACGGAGGAGGAUUACGGGAACUACACGUGUGUGGCCACCAACAGGCUGGGCAUCCACAACGCCAGUGUGUUUCUCUACAGACCUGGGACCGGUAAAGACAUCAACGGUGCGGUUGCGGUCACUCACUCACUGUGGCUCCUCCUGGGCUCUCUCUCCUGCCUUCUACUCAAAUGUUAAUAAGAGUAAAAUGCCCCCUGCCCCUGCCC